AUGGAUCGGUCUUAUCAUAUCAUCCUGUCAUUUCUGAUAUUACCCUUAAUCUGUCAGGAAAGAAACACGACAAAUGUGGUUGAUAUAAGAGAUGAAAAUCAUAAGGCCACAAAAUUCGUAGCAAUAAUACUUUUUACUGUUUUUGUAUUCUACGGUAUUAUUAGUAACACAUUGAUGGUAACUGUAUUAUUGCAUAGAGGAGAGAACAGUCAAUACAAUCAUGAAUUUAUCUUCAUCGCAUUACAACUGAUUAUUUCUCAUUUCAUAGCUUUUCUUCCACAAAUGGCUGUUGUAUUACCUGAAUUAUUGCAAACUAAAAACAAUUCGUAUG